AUGAAUAAUCAAAAGGAGGUUUUAGACGAGCAUAAGAUCAGUCUGAGGAGGAGAUGUGAAUUUGUGACAGAAGGAACUGCUGCAGCAGGAAGUGGAACCCCCCUCAACAGGAUCUACACUGAGCUCUACAUCACACAGGGACGGAGUGAAGAGGUUAAUACCCAACAUGAGGUGUGGCAGCUGGAGACAACAUCCAAGAUGGAGACCCUCAGUGACACUCCAAUCAAGUGCCAGGACAUCUUUAAACCCUUACCUGGCCAAGACAUACACAUCAGAGUAGUUGUGACACAGGGCGUUGCUGGGAUUGGAAAAACCUUCUCAGUGCAGAAGUUCACUCUGGACUGGGCAGAGGGCUUGGAAAACCAACAUGUCAGUCCUGUGGUUCUGCUUUCGUUCCGGGAGCUGAACUUGAUCAAAGAUGAGCGCUACAGUCUUCUCCAGCUGCUCCGUGUUUUCCAUCCAACAUUACAGACGGUCACAGCAGAGAAGCUCGCCGUCUGUAAAGUCGUGUUCAUCUUUGACGGCCUGGAUGAAAGCAGGUUUUUAUUGGAUUUCCAGAACAAUGAGGUCGUGUCUGAUGUCACACAGACAUCAUCAGUAGACGUGCUGUUGACAAACCUCAUCAAGGGGAAUCUGCUUCCCUCGGCUCUCCUCUGGAUAACUUCCAGACCUGCGGCAGCCAAUCAGAUCCCUCCUACAUGUGUUGACAGGGUUACAGAAGUGCGAGGGUUCACUGACCUCCAGAAGGAGGAGUACUUCAGGAGGAGAUCCGGUGAUGAGGAGCUGUGCAGCAGAAUCAUCUCACACAUCAAGGCGUCCAGGAGCCUCCACAUCAUGUGCCACAUCCCAGUCUUCUGCUGGAUCACUGCUACAGUUCUGGAGCACAUGUUGACUACAGACCAGAGAGGAGAGCUGCCCAAGAGCCUGACUGAGAUGUACUCACACUUCCUGCUGGUUCAGACACAGAUGAAGAAGCAUAAGUAUGGUGAGAGUCGUGACAGGAGAUGGUGGAGUUGGAGUCAGCAGAAACUGAUGAAGACUGACAGGGAAGUUCUUCUGAAGCUGGGCAGGCUGGCAUUUGAACAUCUGGAGAAAGGCAACCUGAUGUUCUACCAAGAAGACCUGGAGGAGUGUGGUCUUGAUGUCACAGAGGCCUCAGUGUACUCAGGAGUGUGCACAGAGAUCUUCAAAACUGAGUGUGUGUUCUUCCAGAGAAAAGUCUACUGCUUUGUUCAUCUGAGCAUACAGGAGUUUCUCGCUGCAGUCUACAUCUUCCACUGCUACACCAACAGCAACACAGAGGUACUGGCCAGAGUCAUGAGAACACGCAAGAAUAAAGGAGUUGACAAUGAGCCAUCGCUGGAUAUAUUCCUGUGGACAGUCAUGUCUGAAGCCCUGCAGAGCAAAAAUGGUCACUUGGACCUCUUUGUCCGUUUUCUUCAUGGCCUCUUACUGGAGUCCAACCAGAAGCUCUUAGGAGGCCUGCUGGGGUCCAGCCAGAACAGACCAGAAGACAUCGAGAGAGUCAUCAGAAACCUGAAGGAGAUGAACACCAGUAGUGUCUCACCUGACAGAAGCAUCAACAUCUUCCACUGUUUGAUGGAGAUGAACGACCUCUCAGUACAUCAGGAUAUCCAAGAGUUCCUCAAGUCAGAGAAGAGAUCAAAGAAGGAACUCUCUGAGACCCACUGCUCAGCUCUGGCCUACAUGCUGCAGAUGUCAGAGGAGGUUCUGGAUGAGUUGGACCUGCAGGCGUACAACACAUCAGAUGAGGGACGACAGAGACUGAUCCCAGCUGUGAGGAACUGCAGGAAGGCUCGAUUGAGGAGCUGCAGGUUGUCAGAGAGCAGCUGUGCUUCUCUGGCCUCGGCUCUGAAGUCCAACCCCCAUCUGACAGAGCUGGACCUGAGUGAGAACCAGCUGCAGGAUUCAGGAGUGAAGCUGCUGUCUGCUGGACUGGAGAGUCCAAACUGCAGCCUGAAGACUCUCAGAUUGAGUGGCUGCAGGUUGACAGGGAGCUGCUGUGCUUCUCUGGCCUCGGCUCUGAAGUCCAACCCCCAUCUGACAGAGCUGGACCUGAGUAAGAACAAGCUGCAGGAUUCAGGAGUGAAGCUGCUGUCUGCUGGACUGGAGAGUCCAAACUGCAGCCUGAAGACUCUCAGAUUGAGGCGCUGCAGGUUGUCAGAGAGCAGCUGUGCUUCUCUGGCCUCGGCUCUGAAGUCCAACCCCCAUCUGACAGAGCUGGACCUGAGUAAGAACAAGCUGCAGGAUUCAGGAGUGGAGCUGCUGUCUGCUGGACUGGAGAGUCCAAACUGCAGACUGGAGACUCUCAGACUGAGGGACUGCAUCUUGUCAGAGAGCUGCUGUGCUUCUCUGGCCUCGGCUCUGAAGUCCAACCCCCAUCUGACAGAGUUGGACCUGAGUGAGAGCCAGCUGCAGGAUUCAGGAGUGGAGCUGCUGUCUGCUGGACUGGAGAGUCCAAACUGCAGCCUGAAGACUCUCAGACUUUCUGGCUGUGGACUCUCAGAGACUCACUGCGAAACCGUGGCCUCGCCUCUGAAGUCCAACCCCCAUCUGACAGAGCUGGACCUGAGUGAGAACCAGCUGGAGGAUUCAGGAGUGAAGCUGCUGUCUGCUGGACUGGAGAGUCCAAACUGCAGACUGAAGACUCUCAGACUGAAUGGCUGUGGGUUGUCAGAGAGCUGCUGUGCUUCUCUGGCCUCGGCUCUGAAGUCCAACUCCCAUCUGACAGAGCUGGACCUGAGUGAGAACCAGCUGCAGGGUUCAGGAGUGAAGUUGCUGUCUGCUGGACUGGAGAGUCCAAACUGCAGCCUGAAGACUCUCAGUUUGAGGAGCUGCAGGUUGUCAGAGAGCAGCUGUGCUUCUCUGGCCUCGGCUCUGAAGUCCAACCCCCAUCUGACAGAGCUGGACCUGAGUGAGAACCAGCUGCAGGGUUCAGGAGUGAAGCUGCUGUCUGCUGGACUGGAGAGUCCAAACUGCAGACUGAAGACUCUCAGAUUGAGGAGCUGCAGGUUGUCAGAGAGCAGCUGUUCUUCUCUGGCCUCGGCUCUGAAGUCCAACCCCCAUCUGACAGAGCUGGACCUGAGUAAGAACCAGCUGCAGGAUUCAGGAGUGAAGCUGCUGUCUGCUGGACUGGAGAGUGCAAACUGCAGACUGGAGACUCUCAGUUUGAGGAGCUGCAGGUUGUCAGAGAGCAGCUGUGCUUCUCUGGCCUCGGCUCUGAAGUCCAACCCCCAUCUGACAGAGCUGGACCUGAGUAAGAACCAGCUGCAGGAUUCAGGAGUGAAGCUGCUGUCUGCUGGACUGGAGAGUGCAAACUGCAGACUGGAGACUCUCAGAUUGAGUGACUGCUGGUUGACAGAGAGCAGCUGUGCUUCUCUGGCCUCGGCUCUGAAGUCCAACCCCCAUCUGACAGAGCUGGACCUGAGUGAGAACCAGCUGCAGGAUUCAGGAGUGAAGCUGCUGUCUGCUGGACUGGAGAGUCCAAACUGCAGACUGAAGACUCUCAGAUUGAGGAGCUGCGUGUUGUCAGAGAGCAGCUGUGCUUCUCUGGCCUCGGCUCUGAAGUCCAACCCCCAUCUGACAGAGCUGGACCUGAGUGAGAACCACUGGCUGCAGGAUUCAGGAGUGGAGCUGCUGUCUGCUGGACUGGAGAGUCCAAACUGCAGACUGAAGACUCUCAGAUUGAGGCGCUGCAGGUUGUCAGAAAGCAGCUGUGCUUCUCUGGCCUCGGCUCUGAAGUCCAACCCCCAUCUGACAGAGCUGGACCUGAGUGAGAACCAGCUGCAGGAUUCAGGAGUGGAGCUGCUGUCUGCUGGACUGGAGAGUCCAAACUGCAGCCUGAAGACUCUCAGACUGAGGGACUGCAGCUUGACAAGGAACAGCUGUGCUUCUCUGGCCUCGGCUCUGAAGUCCAACCCCCAUCUGACAGAGCUGGACCUGAGUGAGAACUGUCUGGAGGAUUCAGGAGUGAAGCUGCUGUCUGCUCUGGUGGAGAGUCCAAACUGCAGACUGAAGACU